GCACCACCUCCAUAUAUACAGAGGCACAAAGCAGAAGCUCGAAUCCAUCUAUCCCCCGCACAAGGCACAACUCUCUCUCUCUCUCUCGUCUCAACCCUCUUUCUACCAACACUUGCGACCAACACAAAUCAAUCAGCGACAGCAAUGGAUGGUGAGAUGGACUGGAUUGCGGCGCGGUUCCUCCUGUCCACCAUACUCGGGGUGCACCCGCUCGUGGUCCUGGACGACGGCAGCCGCGACGAAGAGCACUUCCCUGUGGACGACGGCGGCGCGGCUGUUCGGCUCCCGGUUAUGGUGCCAGCGGCGGUGAAGGCGCCCGAGGGGGUGGCCGGCGCGGUGGUGUGCGCGGUGUGCACAGAGGAGGUCGCGGUGGGGCAGGCCGUGGUGCGGCUGCCGUGCGCGCACUGGUACCACGCUGCCUGCAUCGCGCCGUGGCUGCGGAUCAGGACCACCUGCCCGACGUGCCGGGCCGAGCUGCCUCGGGAGGGGGGCAGCGGGGUCGAGAGGCCUCGAUCGGCGCGCGCCGCACGGAUGGCAGAGGCGGAGACGGCCGGCGGUCGGCUGCGGCGCGAGGCGUCGUACACGAUGCUCGCAGGCACGUUGCCCAGCUAAACCAAUUAAUUACUAGCUAGAGGAUGUGACAGUAUAAUUGUACGUACAGCGAUAAACCUUUUUUUUAUUGAGCAUUGUACAGAGAUAAACUGAUCCAAAAACCAGAGCUGGACAAAACGAAAACUUUGGAGGGUUCCCUGUUUUUAGUCGAAACUAGUUGCUGAUCUAUGACGCGGCAUCCUCUGCGUGAUUUACAUAGUGAUCAGUUUUUACUUUUUUUUUUCGCGAAGGAGCGAUAAGCUUUUACAGAGGCUAAAAUUUUCGUAUGUCUAAGUUUCUGCGAUCACUGGAUUUAUAUAGAGAUUGAUAAGAUACAUGAUUAUGAUUUAAUAAUUAAUAAUUUAUUAGAAAUAUGGUAUAUUUUAAAGAUAGAUCACCGUCAUGUAAAAGUUUAAUACGAAAAUCAUUUCUGAAUUAGAAAGAAGUCCUUAUUAUAUUUGAAAGUAAUAUAAUUAAAAAAAUUAUAUUAAGAGACUUCGAGUAUGAUACAACUCUCGAUCCUAUUAUAUAAGGAGGGGUGAAGUAAGUCUACUUGUAUAAAAGUAGAAAUAAUUUAUUAAGGUCCAUAGUAAAUUUGAGUCACGAUUAGAUUUAUCCGACAAUUAAUUUAGAAUUUAGAAUAUAAGAGAACUCGCUAAGAUCUUUAAGAUUAGAUCUAGACACAUUCUUAUAAUAAUUAUCUUCUUAAGGGAUUAAUCAGAAUACAUAACGUAAUGUAGAGCUGUUAUCUCAAAUAAGGUCUUGAAUCUAUAUAAAAUAUUAUGUUAUCUCUUCAAUACGUGCAACUGAUAAUCAGUUAUCUCCUAAGAGAAUAGAGAAGGAGAGAGAGUAUUAUUAUUUUCUUAUUUUUUAUACAGUAGCAAUACGGAUUUCUCUCUCCCCUGCAUUUAUGUGAUACGGGGAGGCCUUUCUUUGGAAUUUGGAGAAUCCAUGUGGUCCUGUGAACCUGCAAGGAAUGUCAUGAAAGUCGGUAUCUAACUCCUAUAUGGAAAUUAAAAAGAUGCAUCUGUUAGGAUCAAUGGAAUGUACGGUGAUUCUGAGCUGGAAUACAGAGGAUUAUCGUCCUGGUAGCGUGGUUACUUUGUUUUUUCUUGCGAGCCAUAGCAUGACAAUUUGUUUGUCAUAUCGUCAUUGGUUUUCACCUUUUGAUUGUAACAAAUAUUUUGCUAAUGGUAUUAUAAUGGAUGUGUGUGUCU